AUGGAGAUAGACUUGUUUGGCUCUUGGUUCCGUUCUUUGGUUCUUGGAAUGAUGAAAAUUGACAUGGCCGGUGUCUCCUAUCAAGCACAAAAAGACACAAAAUUCAAACAAGUGAAAAUCACCUCGUGUCCUCCCGGUUGGAUACAGGGGCCGAGAAAUUGUUACUUUCUCAGCCACUUUGGUGGAACCUGGGCAGAUGCAAAUAGUGUUUGUCAAGGAUUUCUUGGAAAACUUGCAGAACCAAUAGAGGAAGAUUCUUUCCAGUUCCUUUCUAAGGCAUCGAAAAAUGUUAGUGCAAACCACGGACAGUUUUUCCUCGGUGGAAGUGACAUGUUUGUAGAGGGAAUAUGGUUGUGGUCAUCUACCAAAACAAUGAUUUACAAAAACCAUUGGUCACCUGGUGGUCCAAGUGAUUCCGGCCAUAAUGAGGAUUGUCUCACUUUCGUCGGGGGAGUGCUCAACGAUGUUCCCUGCACAUCAACCUAUUCGUUCAUUUGUCAACUCGAGUCAGAAGAGGAGGGCACACAAGUCAUAGGCUGA